UUUUUUAGAAUGGAAUCUUUGGAAAAUUUGAAGUCAUCUUUUGAUCAAGAUGUUGAAAAAAUGAGACAAUUGGAGAGAGACAGAACUCGUUGUAUUACAAAUAGGAAGCAAUUGGAGAGUCAGAUGACUGAAAAUAAAAUGGUUAAGGAGGAGUUGGAUCGUCUUGAGGAUGGCGCUGAAGUCUUCAAAUUAAUUGGUCCUGUACUUGUUAAACAAGAAUUGGGGGAGGCAAAAGAAAAUGUUCAGAAACGAAUUGAUUAUAUACAAAAAGAAAUUGAACGGACUGAAUUAACUCUGACCGAAGCGGCUAAAAAUAUAGAAGAUCAUAAAGAGUUAAUUGAAAAGACAAGAAAUAAAUUAAGGCAAGCGAUUGAAAAAAAUGCUGCGUAA